CCACGCCGUCAGCAGCCACUACUCCGCCCUGCGGCUGCUGCUGCCGCAUUUGCUGCCGGGGGUGUUCAGAAGUGCUGCUGCAGUGGAUCAGCUGUCUCAGUGUGAAGCGGCGUCAGCUGCCAGUGCAGCAGCAGCAGCAACAGCAGCCCCGCCAGCAGCAACAACUGCAGCAGCAGCACCAACAGCAGCAGCACCGCCAGCAGCAGCAGCAGCGGCAGCCCCGCAAGCACCAGCAGCUGCUGCAGCAGCAGCAGCCGCACUGGCGUUUGCUCGUAGCUGCGUCUUUCCUCUCAUCCUUAGAAGGUCCCGCAGCUCCGUGCUGCUGCAGGACCUGCCGCCGCUGCAGCGGCAAGUCCAUUUGCUGCGGCUGUCUUCCUAUGAGGCGCAGCAGUACACAGCAAUUGAAGCUGCAUGCGCGCAGGGCCUGCUGGCUGCUGCAGGAGCUGCCCCCUCCGCAGCAGCAGAAGCAGCAGCAGCAGCAGCAGCAGCAGAAUCCGACUUCUUCGCUGGGGCCGGCGGAGACGUCGAAACCAUCACUGCCAAAACUGUAGAGGCCAUGAGGCUUGUUUGCCUGCACCCUGCGCUUGUGGCUCCCUGCAUCAGCAGCAGCGGCAGCAACAGCAGCGGCAGCAGCAGCAGCAGCGGCAGCAGCAGCGGCAGCAGCAGCAGCAGCAGCUGCAGCAGCAGCAGCAGCAGCAUAGAUGACGUUGCCGACCCAGCAGAGGGAGACAUGCCUCUAGUGACACCUGAACUGCUCGAGCGGCUGCUGGAGGCCCUGGCCGUCGCAGUGCCCAUCGGCCGCAGCCUGAGCAGCAAGCAGCGAAAGGAGGCGCUGCGGCGGCGGGUGUGCAGGUGGAGGCAGUGGGAAGCUGCGCAUGUGGCGCUGCAGCUGGGGCUGCUGCAGCAGCAGCUGCUGCAGCAGCACAUGGUCCGCUGCAGCAGCAAGCUCACGUGGCUGUGCCAGCACCUGGAGGACUUGCGGACGGCAGCAGCAGCAGCAACAGCAGCAACAGCAGCAGCAGCAGCAGCAGCAGGCCGGAAGCCCCCCGAGCGGUCGGAGGACGGCGUGUCUCGAGAAGAGGCGCUGCGGGCCAAAGUGCUGCUGCUAAACCCUCUGCCCCUCACUGUGGGGCCCCGCAGCAGCAUGGGGCUGCUGCUGCGGGAUUUGCUGCUGCCGCGGCCGCUGUGCAUAGACAAAGGCGACAGCGCGCUGGCAGCAACUCAGAAGCUGCGGGACUUUAAGAGGGCUUGCCUUUCUCAGGUUCAGGUGCUGCUGGUCGAGGACCUGGAGCUGCUGCUGCUGCUGCCGCCCCACAUGUUUGCUGGCCUUCGCCAGGUGGUGUGGCUGGCCCCUGCACUCAGCAGCAGCAGCAACAGCAGCAGCAGCAGCAGCAGCAGCAGCGAGCAGGCUGGUACUUCGGGGGACUCACUUGUUGCUCCAGAGGUUCCCCAGGGAUGCGCAGCCUUCACGAGCGCUGUAGAGCAGAGACUGAUGUCUGUCGGGAGCGCGUCGCCCUUGAUAGUGCAUUACUUGAUUUGCGCGCGGACUUACGAAGAGUUCCAUUUGCGGCCUGAGGUCUCCGACGUGCGUUUGGCAAUGGCCCCCCUUUCGCCUGACCAGCAGCAGCAGCUGCUGCUGCUGCUGCUGCUCCGCUGA